ACACCUAAGAAAAACAAAUGCUUCCUUUCGUUCAUCACCAAAUUCUGCUGCAAAAGGAUCAUUUUGGACAGAAUGCCGGUACCUUGCGCGAGCCACUGUGGGCGAAAUGCUUUUAUGCGUAGACCGAAAACGAACGAUACACUGUGCAAAGACUGCUUCUUUCUCGCGUUCGAGACGGAAAUACACAACACGAUCCAGCAGGAGCAGCUGUUCCGAUCGGGCGAGAAAGUAGCGAUUGCUGCCAGCGGCGGCAAGGAUAGUACCGUGUUGGCGCACGUGCUGAACGUGCUGAACCGUCGGUACAAUUACGGCCUAAACCUGGUGUUGCUUUCCAUCGACGAAGGUAUUACCGGAUAUCGGGAUGACAGUCUUAAAACGGUGGCACAGAACCGCGACGACUACGGUAUGCCGCUGCGAGUGCUUUCAUAUCAGGAACUGUACGGUUGGACGAUGGAUCGGAUUGUGGCCGAGAUCGGGCGGAGCAACAAUUGCACGUUCUGUGGCGUAUUUCGACGACAAGCGCUGGAUCGGGGCGCUCGGUUGAUGGAAGUGGACUGCGUAGCUACCGGGCAUAAUGCCGACGAUAUAGCCGAGACGGUAAUCAUGAACAUCUUACGAGGUGACACUGCCCGAUUGCGACGCUGCUGUGAUGUCAAAACCGGAUCGAAGGCGAACGACACUAUCCCGCGAGUGAAGCCGCUAAAGUACAGCUACGAAAAAGAAAUCGUCAUGUACGCGCACUUCAAGAAACUGGUCUACUUUUCCACCGAGUGUGUGUUUGCACCGAACGCGUACCGUGGCCACGCUCGAGCUUUUCUGAAAGAUCUCGAGAAGGUACGCCCGUCGGCCAUCAUGGAUAUCAUCCACGCCGGAGAGCAGCUACGGAUGAAGGGAACAGUAAAGAAACCGGUACGGGGUGUCUGUGGGCGAUGUGGAUUCGUAUCCUCGCAGCAACCGUGCAAGGCGUGCGUGUUGCUGGAGGGAUUAAAUCGAGGAUUACCAAAGCUUGGCAUUGGCAAAAAAUCUAAAGCUGAACGGAUGGUGGCCCUACAGGAACAACAAUGGCGCGAGAAAGCAAGGCUUGUGAAGAACGAUUUCUAGUGCCCAGCCAACAGUUACACACAAUUAGUA